GCCUCACAGCAGAAGAAACCCUCCAUGCACACACCCAGUCGCGGCCCUACGCGACACCGGGCCCGCGAACGCCCAGGUCAUGAGACACAGCACCCGCGCGCACGUCCGGGCCGCAGCCCACCGGGCCGGCCCUCCUUCCGCGCCCCCGCCCGCCCUGCUCCCCUCCUACUGGCCAGGCGGGGAGGAGGCGGGAGCAGCCCGCUCCCAAGUCCCUCCCUCCCCAUUGGCCAAACUGCGGGCCGCGCGCCCCCCUCCAUUGGCUGCGGCCGGGGACCCCUUCCGGCGGCUGACUCCCCAUUGGCUGAAGCUGGGGACCGCGAGACCCUCCGCGGGAAGCGCUCCACCACAGAGCUCCAGCUCCAGCCCUUGUUUGUUUGUUUGAAAUGGGGACGUGCUGUGUUGCCCAGGCCAUCUUUGAACGCUAAGGCUCAAGUGAUCUUCUUGCCUCAGCUCCUGAGCACCUGGACAACAGGGUGUGCCAGGAAUGCAGCCAUAGUCCUGAAGAAAGUGACACCUGGGGAGGCUGGCAGAGAUCUGCGCCAUCACGAGCACAUAAGGGGCAGAAGAGGAAACACACUGGGCUCUGGCCCCGCCCCUCCCGCACCAGGAUCCGCAGGGCUGCUGCCAGCCCCAGGAAGGGCGGUAACAGCAGAUGCAGCUGGUCCCCAGAGGACACAUCCCCAGUGAUCUUGACUAACUCUCCUCCCUGCCUGGGAACGGUGGUUCCUUCCUCACUGAAGGUCCAGCCAUCUCUACUGCCUUCAUGAUGGCUUCCUGGUAUUACAACCCUCUAUGAUAUCCUAUUCAUGACCAUUGUAAUUUAUCAAAUUACUACAGUAUUCUGUUAAAUAUCAGAGUAGCAAGCUUUAUGAACUCAGCAAUAUAUAUAAUUCAUCCAGCGUCCUCAGC